AUAAAAACACUCUUUAAGAGCAAUGCCACGACCAAGAUGGAGUCCAACACCACAACAGUUGAUGAUUUUACAAGAUUUGUAUAGACAAGGGUUGAGGAAUCCGACAUCCUCUCAAGUACAAAAGAUCACAGGUCAUCUUUCUCUUUAUGGAAAGAUUCAAUGCAAGAAUGUUUUUUAUUGGUUUCAAAACCACAAAGCUAGGGACAGGCAAAAGCUCAGAAAAGAGAUGCUUCACAAAGUGCAGAAAAACCAUAGUGAUAAUGAUCAUUUCCCUGCUACUCAACUUCAACUCACAGCCGACAACAAUAGUAGCAAUAUUCUUGAUUAUUUCCCUGCUAAUUUUCCUCCUACUGUUCAUACACUUUAUCCUCACUCCCCUUCCAUAUUGGUUCAUCAGGCUGAAGGAAAAGACACAUCAUCAGCUCAAAUGACGAACAACAUGGGGAAUGUGGAUCUUCCAAAGCAGUGCGUCAUAGAGAAUGGCAUGAUAAGAACAAAUGUUAAAAGUUGGGUAUUGAUGAUGACAGACAUGAUCCCUAAUUCUAUUCCCUGUUGCAGUAACAAGCCCCUUCAAACCCUAGAACUUUUCCCCAUCAAAGCUACUGGCAUUAGGGAGUAG